AUGGAUAUCGUCAACGACAAACUUGCGAAGUUGAAAGAACGGUUUGAACGAGGACUUCUUACAAAAGAAAGUUACGCAUCAGGGCCUGCCACAAACCAAGAAAUACAGAAUCUGCAAGCCCAGCUGGCAGCCCAGCAAGAAGAGUUUUUGAAGUCAGAGUAUGCAUUUGAAUUGAUUGUUAAGCCGAACCGCAAGUCGUCGUUUAUGUGGGUCGCGAAUCCAAGCACUGCGACUCUCGCCGAUCUGACGACCGCUAUCUUUGCAAAAUAUUUGGCCCUGGAACAGCUUAAUGUCGUGUUCGAUUUCGUAACGGAAGAUGAUGAUGCUUAUAGUCCCCGGAACGAUGCUACGUUUCAGGGGAUGCUACGGCAGUUGGUGGCAGCAGACAAACGGAAAAUCACAGUAUCGCUGGAAACUCCAUCAAAACCCUUCAGCGACUGGGAACUCAAAGAUGUAUGCCAGCUAUUUGCAAUUACUGAGGAUACGGAACCUGGUUUGGACUCAUUUCCUGAUUUCAAAUGCAAUCUCGCAAAUAUCAACAGCGAAACAGAGCAGAUGGCACUUUCAAACCUUAUGGUCGAGCUGAAACAACGUCUCCGAUUUUUAUCCCUUGCCACUAGGUCGAUUUAUGUUUUCUCUUACUUAAUUGCUGCGGUGAGCCUUUUCGAGGACAAUUUCAAAAUUCGGCCAGAAAAAUUUAUUGAGGGUAUCAAUGGAAGGGGCCCCGUCGAUUUUGCAAUAGAUGCACAUGAUGGGCAGACUGUUGGUGUGAUGGAAGUCAAAAGAGAAGACUUUGAGAAGGGCGUUGCUCAGAACGCUGUGCAACUGGAAUCCACUUUGGCCAGCCGCCGAAAGCGCAAAGCCAGUGAAUUAAAUACUGUCUCCAGAUGUUUCGGCAUAGUCACUGAUGCAGAGAAAUGGUUCUUCCUUGAAUGUACGCUGAAUGGGGAAACGCCUGCAUUUAAGCUGUCGCAGCAGCCAGUUGUCGUUGAUUAUACUGACACUUCUAUGAAGGAAAAGGCAGGAAAAGUUCUCAGCCAUAUUAUCUGGUUGCUGUCGCAAACACAGAACAAAACGUCUGCACUGGGUGGUCCAAGCAAAAAAGCCAAGAAAUGA